UCCACCUCCAUGUCGAACUCGAAUGUUGAGCAGUACGCCAUCAACGAGAAGGCGCUCUGUUAUCAUGGCCCGCUCAUCUACGAAGCGAAGAUCCUGAAGGUGCACAACGCGCAAGGGCCGCACCCAGUGACCGGCCAGGAGGGUGCACACUACUUCGUGCACUACAAAGGCUGGAAGCAGACAUGGGAUGAAUGGGUGCCUGUAUCCCGCUUGAUGAAGAUGACCGAGGAGAACAUGAAGAUUGCAAGAUCGCUCCAUCUCGGCACGCAUCUCAACAGCGAUCCGAAGUCUGCCAAAGGCUCUGCGAAGGGUGCAGGUGGCAGCGCAAGUGCGAACGUGAAGGGAGCAGCACGGAAAGACGGGACUUCGCGCGGCCAGAAGCGCGCGCGAGACGAUGAAGAGUCAAAGAGGACAGAACUGAAGCUGGAGAUGCCUGAAGCCAUGAAGGUCAGGCUGGUGGACGAUUGGGAGGCGGUGACGAAGAAUAACCAGCUCGUCUCUCUCCCCCGACAACCAAACGUAAAGCAGAUACUAGAAGAGUUCGAGGCCUAUGUCAGGAGAGAAAGGCCAGCAAGCUUACCCGACAUCGACGCCCUCCUCCCCUCCAUAAUCUCCGGCCUGAAGACCUACUUCGACAAAGCCCUCGGCAAGAACCUUCUCUACCGAUUCGAGCGGCCACAGUACGCCAACAUCCGGGAGAAAUUCGACGCGGAGGGCAAGGAGAUGAGCGAGGCAUACGGCGCAGAGCAUUUCCUGCGCAUGUUGGUGAGCCUACCGCAAAUGGUCGCGGCCGCCAGUUUGGAUCCGGACACAGUGAACUCGCUGGGCUUGUACAGCAAAGCAUUGGUCGAGUGGAUGGUCCGCGAACGCGCGCGGCUAUUCCUCAAUAUGGAGCAAUAUGAUCAAGCGUCGAUACAAUACCAGAACCUGUCGAGGUCAUGACGGCGCCUAUCCCUUCCUGUAUCCGCUGUUCCUUGCCCGUCCUCCAUUCGCGUCUCCUCUACCCUUACCCCAUCCUUUCGCUGUCCUGUACCACUUAUUCAUGUUGUGCUUUCCCCGCAUAUAUCAUAUCCACGCAUUCAUGCACCCA